GGGACGGGAGGGAAGGGGAGGGGAGGGAGGGUGUCCAGGGACCCAGAGAGGCAGAAGCAGGGUCCGGAGCAGGACACCGCGGGCAGGAGCGGCAAUGGGGGACGCCUUCAUCCGUCACAUCGAGCUGCUGGGCUACGAGAAAAGGUUUUUCCCCAGUCAGCACUAUGUCUACAUGUUCCUGGUGAAGUGGAAUGACCUGUCCGAAAAGGUCGUCUACCGUCGCUUUACUGAGAUAUACGAGUUCCACGUGAGUCCUUGCGGGACAGGCACUGUCCCUUGGCCCAGCACACCAGGGCUCAGGAAAGUGCUGAAGGAGAUGUUUCCCAUUGAAUCCGGGGACAUCAACAUCGAGAACCGGAUCAUCCCACACUUGCCAGCCCCAAAGUGGUUUGAUGGGCAGCGCUCAACUGAGAACAGGCAGGGCACGCUGGCCGAGUACUGCUACGCACUGGUCAACCUGCCCCACAAGAUCUCCCGGUGCCUGCACGUGGUCAGCUUCUUCAAGGUCCGUCAUGACGACAUGAACCCCGUCACAGACAGCCAGAUCAAGAAGCCUGAGGUCUUCCUCCUGCCGAAGGAUUCCAAGCAAAGCCUCACUGACAUCACAGGCCCCAUUGUCCUGCAAACCUACCGAGCCAUUGCUGACUAUGAGAAGAGCUCCACAUCUGAGAUGGCUCUAAAAGCUGGGGACAUGGUGGAUGUCGUGGAGAAGAGCGAGAAUGGCUGGUGGUUUUGCCAGUUGAAGAAUAAACGGGGCUGGGUGCCUGCUGCCUAUCUGGAGCCGAUGGAUGGUCCUGAUGAAUCCGAAGAGCAGGAGCCCAACUAUGCAGGUGAGUCGUAUGUGGUCCAGAAAAGCUACACAGCUGUGGAAGAGGAUGAGCUGACCCUCAAGGAGGGUGAUACCAUCGAAGUCAUCCACAAGCUCCUUGAUGGCUGGUGGGUCAUCAGGAAGGACGAAACCACGGGUUAUUACCCCUCCAUGUACCUGCAGAAAGCUGGAGAGGAAAACUCUGCGAAGAGUGAACUGAGGAACCGGAGUGCUCCUCCACGGAGAUCCACCAUCCGAAACGCAAAGAGCAUCCAUAAGCAGGGCCGGAAGCAGAUCAGCCAGGAGACUUACAGGAGGAACAGCAAGAAGUACAUCCAGAGCCGGUGGAACAUGCAGGGAAAUUCCCAGAACAAGGCCAGUGUCAUCAUUGAGAAAAAUGAGCCACAGGAGAACAAGGCCAAGGCUCAACCUGCUGUUCCCCCCCGUCCCAGCAAAGACCUCAUCUUGAACCGCUGCACUGAGAGGACCCGGAGGAAGAUCCUGUGAGGAUCCUCUGAGCCCCCCCACCAGACACCCACUGCUUCAUCUCCUCCAGCCCCUGCCCAGCCAGGACUCGGAGCCAGAGCAAGGGUCCAUGUGGUUCUGGCAACCCCCACAAGCCACAGGAGGGCUGCUGGCCAAAUCUGCACAGACCAGCGCCCGCCCUCACUCUCCGUCACGGCCAGCCCAAGGGGUACUGAUGGCAUUGCCAGCAGGGACCAGCCCUGCUCCACCAGCUCCAAGGGGCUGAGACCUCACAACCACCAGGACCCUCAUUUCUAGAUCCCCUUUUAUGACCUCUUUGUGUUUUGAAUGAUUUUGUGGUUUUCAUCAAUAAAGGAGAGACACUUGAUAGA